CUCCUCGAUCUCCUCUACGAUAUUACGAAUUCACGGACGAACACUCUCCCUACAAUUUCGAUAUUGGUCCCUGAACCUGUCCUCUCGAGUCACUGACGCAAUUGAUUAUUUGCGGCAGAGUUGACGGGUAGCAAACUUUGUUGAACCACAAUUCUUUUGAACCUAACCCCCCCGCUCGUGCCAAGUGGAAUUGGACGAGCUCAGAUUUAAAAACAAGAACAUCAAUAAUCGAUUGUUGACGACACAAUGCCGCCAACAAUGCACUCCCCCAAGUGGUCCCCCCAGGGUGCCGCCAAGGCGUCUCACCACCGCAACAACAGCCCCCGGUCUAUCACACAGCACCUCGAGUCCCCCGCGAGCCGCUCGCCCAGAACGUCGAACAAGUCUGUUUCCCUCGGUUCCCUAAAUGCUGACCGGAAAAGGCGGGCAUCGUCUGUCUCCAGCGUAUCGUCCGUCUCCUCCAUGGAGGAACUGAGCGACGAGGCCAAUGACUCGGAUGAAGAUGAUGAUGCGGAUGAUGAGCAAGAACAACCGGCUGUGCGGGCCCCGUCCUAUGGCCGCCGUGACCGGGCCCAUAAGACGGGUAUGAAGCCGACGAAAAGGGCCAAGAAAAUGAAACUCUCCGACGACGAGGGCUACGACGGGCAACCGAGUAGCGAUGACAACGAGGAGGCGUAUGAGAGCUCGGAUGAUGUCUAUGCGGCGGUGGACUACAUCAGUGACGGCGACGAUGACGAGGAGCAGGACGUUGAGAAGUUAGAAGAGCUGUUGAUUGUCGAGUCUGAGAACGAACACAACGUCGGUGGCAUUCUGGCAGCUUCUGGCGCUGAUAAUUGGGCCGGACCCAACGUGUUCGACGAUCAUAUGAUCCUGUCGGCUGCCUCCUUCUUUGACGAAGAGCAGCUUUACACUGCCAUGGAGACCUUCGGCGAGACCGACAUGGCCAGCGAGACUGCUCUCGAGACGCCUGUCCCCCGUCGGGUGCACUUUGAAGAAGACUCGGAUUCGUCGUCCGAUAGCGACUCACACACCGAGGAUGAGAUACCCGGUGAUUUUCUCCAGCAGGACAGCCUUGAUCCCCAGCUGCGUCGCAUGAUUGAGAGUGAUAACGGGAAUUACUCCCGCCGGCGGCGGCAGUCCGAUGAGAUGUUUGCCGAUUCCGACUAUGGGCAUUCCAACAUCUAUCAUGUAGAAUCCGAUGCCGUAUCCGAAGCCUCGGAGUCCAGCGGCUAUGAAACCGAUGAUGGCGAGACUACAGAUGAAGACCUCCCCCCUCCGGCCACCAUCACGCAUCCUAGAUCGAUCCUGCGUCGUGAUUCUUCCGCCUCGUUAGCACACACGGCGGACGAGAAAACUGAAACCGCUACACGCCGGCGAGGACCCAUAAUGGGAACUUUCGUCGCCGACCCUCACAAGCCCGUCGCGCUGGUUGACUGCACCGGCAAGCAUCUGGUGAUUAUCCCCGCCUAUGCCUCGUCCCGCCAUGACUGGCUUGAGUCAGCCACCAACAGCGUGUGCGGUACGGCUCACAACAGUCCCCGUGCCACCACGAUGCAUCUUAUCGACGAGAGCGAUACGGAUGCGCUGGCAUCUCCCAGCCAUCCUGACAUGAGCCCCAUGCUGGCCUCCAGCGCCAACCUUAUGAUGACCGCGCUUGGCAACGAUAUCGCCCCUGGCGGUCAGGUCAUGGGACCUCCUGAGGCUUUCUACCCGUCCCGCGAAUUUGCCAUCGACAGCUCUUUCGAGGACGAUGAAGAGGAUGAUCCGGAGUCCGCAUUGAAUGUCAAUGACUUUAUUGACUUCGGUGACGGAUCGUCGGAUGACGAAAUGGACAAGGCUUUCGAUGAGGAGGCGCUCAUGUCUCCGAUGACGGCUCAUACCUUGCAGGCCACUACUGGCACCCCGACACCGAACCGGGGCGGGGAAUCCCAGCAGGCCAGCAGCGCGGAGCGCUUCCUAAACCACUUGGACCGCGGUAUUGUGACGGCAUUCCGUCGGAAUCACAACCGGUACCAGGCCUUGCUGCGCCUCCCUCAGCAUCGGGAGUUCAUGCCGGCCAAUUCGCCGUCUCGGCCUGCUAGCGUCUUCCGACACGCACGCCAUGCGGACCAGCGUACGCCGACGCGCAAACGCAAAGCCAACGGAUACAAUGGCGAAGAGGCGGUCCGACGCAAGCUGAUGGACGCGCACCGCCGCACGCAACUGCCCUUCUAGACCCACCCCUCCUGCGAUACCCCGACAUGUCAUCUUUCUCUAUCUCUCUCCUAAUAGGAACGAACAUAACCCCAUGGAUUUUC